CCCUUAAUGAGUUAAGUCCAAACCGAUGCCACAUCUUGAUUCUCCAAUAAAACAACCACAAAAGUUGCAAGCUUUGAGCCUUGUAGCUUUUUGUCAUACUAGUUGAGUUUUCUCUCUUGAGCAAGGCCACUGCCAUCAUGAGACUCUUCAACACCCUCAAUCGAAAAACCCUUCACUACCAAACCCUCACCAUCACCACUCGACGCCAACACUUCUCAACGCCCGAAACCAAACCCCCACCCACAAACCCUCCACACAUAACCCUUCAAAACUACAUCUCAUCUUCUCAGUGGCAUUUCGUCGAACACCUAUCAGACACCCUAACCCCCACCACAAUCUCCACAACCCUUUACAAUCUCCGAACAUCCCCACCUCUCGUCCUCAAAUUCACCCAAUUUUUCACCCCCAACAACACCAACAUCGAAUGUUAUUCCCUAUCUAUCGCCAUCAUCUCCCAACUCCCCUCACACAAAUCAUCUUUACAGUUUAUAAAAUCAGUUAUUAACUCAGGAAAAUUUAGCUGUAAUGACUUGUUUGACGGGUUAGUUAAGGCCAGUGACCGUUUAGGCGUAUCGGGUUCUGUAGUUUUCGACUUGUGGAUUAAGGCUUUAUGUGAAUUGAAGAAGGUUGAUGAUGUCGUUAACUGUUUCUAUAUGUUGAAACAGAAAGGGGUGGUUGUAAAGAUUGAGAGUUGUAAUAGUAUGUUAAGUUUGUUUGUUCGGUUGAAUUAUACGAAUGCCGCGUGGGUUUUGUUCGCCGAGAUGUUUAGGUUGAAGAUUAGUGCAACCGUGUAUACGUAUAAUAUUAUGAUUAAUUUGUUGUGUAAGGAAGGGAAGUUGAAGAAAGCUAAGGAGUUUGUUGCAAGCAUGGAGGCGGUUGGGUUGAAGCCGAAUGUUGUUACGUAUAAUACGGUUAUAAACGGGUAUUGUUCAAAGAGGGAUCUUGUUGGCGCUCGGAGGGUGUUUGAGAAAAUGAGAGCGAAAGGCAUUCGGCCGGAUACGUAUAGUUACGGAGCACUUGUUAGUUGUAUGUGUAAAGACGGAAGGUUUAACGAGGCGUCUGAACUUUUGUGUAAAAUGGAGGAAGUCGGGCUGGUUCCGACUGCUGUAACUUAUAACACUUUGAUAGACGGGUAUUGCAAUAAAGGGGAUAUUGAGAUGGCGUAUCGUUACAAGGAUGAAAUGGUUAAAAAGGGUAUACGUCCGUCUGUUUCGACGUAUAAUUCACUGAUACAUGCGUUAGUUUUUGACGGAAAUGAGUCUGAAGCGGAAGGUAUGAUAGAAGAAAUGGAAAAGGAAGACUUGGUUCCGGAUGCCAUAACGUAUAACAUAUUGAUCAACGGAUAUUGUCGGUCGGGUAACGCACAUAAGGCGUUUAGCCUCCACGAUGAGAUGAUAGGUAAAGGGAUUCAGCCCACACACGUAACAUACACUUCCCUUAUAAACGUAUUAAACAAAAGAAACAGAAUGACCGAAGCGGAUAAUUUGUUCGCCAAGAUUAUAGACCGAGGGGUGGUACCGGACGUUGUAAUGUUUAACGCGUUGAUUGAUGGUCACUGCGUUAAUAAUAACAUGAAACGGGCACUUUUACUUGUGAAGGAAAUGGAUAGAUUAAAGGUGUUUCCCGAUGAAGUGACGUAUAAUACGUUAAUGCAGGGGUAUUGUAGGGACGGAAACGUUGAAGAAGCAAUUAAAGUUUUUAAUGAGAUGAAGGAAAGAGGGAUUACGCCGGAUUAUAUCAGUUUUAAUACGCUUGUUAGUGGUUAUAGUAGGAGAGGUGACAUGAAGGAGGCUUUAAUGGUUAGGGAUGUUAUGUUAAGUUCGGGUUUUGAGCCUACGCUGUUGACGUACAACGCUCUUAUACAAGGAUUAUGCAAAAAUAAGGAAGGGGAUAUUGCGCAAAAGCUCUUUAAAGAAAUGGUCAGUAAAGGCAUUAGUCCGGAUGACAGUACAUUGUAUUCUUUAAUUGAAGGAAUACAAAGUGUUGAUGAGUUUUUGGGAAAAUGAUCUUUCAAUAGAGCUGUUUGAUUUUGCUAGAGUCAACCCGAAUCUUGUAAAAUAGACGAUUCAAAAGUUUUUUUCGGAAUAACAGAAUCGUUGAAUAUGGGGUGCGAGGAUACGAAAGUAUUUCUUUUUUAAUUUCAGGUUGACAUUAUCAGAUUGUGCAGUGGCGAAAUAAAAAUAAAGUUUGACUUUGAGAUAACAGUCAAUGUGGAUGAUGCAGCAGAUGAUAUCAUUGGUUAUAAUGUGGCAAUUGCAAGCUAGUUUUUUUUUUUUUUUUUUUUUUUUUUUCUUUUUUGGAUUUAUUUCAUUCUUUUACUUUGAUUUAGACAAUAUUUUUAAAUUGUGGAACGGUGCUGCUUUUUUGGUAGAAAUUGUGAUGUUAAAGUUAUCAUUUAGGUUUUCUUUUGUGAAACAUUUAGUGAUAAUUAACAGCUUUUUAUAAUUCUCAUUAUCAUUACCAUUAUCAUACUAUUAUCAUAUACUACUAAAAAACAAACCUUGUGAACAGUGUUUACCAUUACCAAAUGACUCGUCUUUGUUGGCUGCUUUUUUUUCAAUUCAUCCGAUUGGCUUACCAUAUAUAUAUUUAUUGUUUUGAUAAAUUCAUCACUUAAGGCUUUUGGUAAAGUGGUUCCUGUGUAAUGCUACUACAUGAAAGUCGCCCGUUCGAAUCCUGCCUCUUUCUUUUUUCCCUGGUUUUAGGGUUUCUCCGCAAACACGACGCCGGCGAUUGUGGUUGCACUCAACACUCUGCUAAAGCAACAUGCACUCCAUUUCUCAUCGUCUUUUCUCGAAUUUGUUGUUAAUUUGAUUUUAUUUGAGUGUUCAUUUGCUUUUGCAGAUUCAACAAACCCCUAAAUUCAUCUUUAGAGAGAGAGAAAUACAUAGUGGUGGUUGUUCUUCCGAUACCGCAUGUCGCCGGCGACCAUUCCAGCGAAGAGUAAUCUACAAUAUGUGUAUUGAGGGCAAACUUUGGGUUUCUUGAAAAGCUUGGAAUAGAUAGGUGGUCUGGUGGUGUUUCAUGAUAGAGACAUUGCUCCGGCUGGUGAAACAUCGGAGGUAACUUGACCCUAAUUUAUCUUAUUACUUUAUAUUUGUUUUAUCAUAGAUAAUAUACAUAUCUAUUAUGUGAUGGAGGGUAUAUUCUCAUACUUUGACCUUUCUGCAAACCUUAACACCACCCUCUUCCAAGCUUUUAAUAUUUCAACUUUCAAAUACGUUUGUAAGUACUCUCUAAUAAUUGAAACAAGAAGACUUGGUAUUUACAACAGCCUAGCUUUUCAUCACCAUGUGGAUUCAGGGACUAUCAUGAUCGUAAUGAUGAUGCUUCUGCUAUAUACAAACUGCUCACUCGCUCUAGAGGACGCGAAGCUGAGCAAGAAACGCUGCAUAGGGGUCCAAAAAUAAAAUCUGUGGUCCUUGAAUCCUCUGUAGAUCCAAUAGAUACUUGUCCUCGCGGGUUUUGUAAAGCCGCAAUCAAGUUUUUCAGUGAUAUAAGAUUUAGCCAAACCACAUUCACAGGUUGUAACAGCUGUACUUGGCAUUUAUGAUUCAAGAUGUGCAAACAUGGGUUGUUACCUGGACUUCUAAUUUGACCACAUUGGGAGAGGUCACCUAAUGAACUAGAAUGAAGGUUAUUUUGAUUGCGAUGACCGGACACAUUAAUCUGAAUGCAAAACUGGUAACUCAACUCGAUCAUCAGCGUUCAUUCAUUGUAUUUCUUAAUUUAUUAGUUUGUCUCAAUUUCAUUUGAGGCUUCAAGUUGCGUUGACUUGUAGUAGGUUUUGCUUGGAGACAUGGGAGUUGGUAAAUCUGGUCUAUUUUUUGCAGAUCGUCGAAGGCAAGUUUCUAGAAUUGCGGGUUAUUUUCUUCAUCGUCUCAAAUUCUUUUUUUAUGUUGACCUCCUUAGAGUUUGAAUUUGAUUUGAUCUUUUUUUUGUUGAUUUUAUCUAUAUCGAUUUCGCUAACGCGGUGCCAUUUUUCCAGCUUGAAUUUAUAUGUUAAUGUCUACUGUAAAGGAACAAGCUUACCUGCAAGUUUUGAUUUGCGAUAAGUUUAAUUGUUUUAAGAAAGUUGCUGAUAAAGUGCUCAAGAGUUGAUAUUUGCUUUCUUUUA